CUUGAGAGUUACGAACAUCUCCGAUGAAGCUUUGGCGAGCGAACACGUCGGACACUUCUUUAAACUUUGACACGUGGGCACCAGAUAUUGGCAGACGCAUGGCCUAUGUACAGUACACUGCUGGAGCUAGGACUAGUAGUAGGAGAUCUUGUGUGCAAUUCCUCUUGUCUUGCACAGGUUGCUGGAGGAUUGCAUUUCAAUUGUGAUCAUUCUUCAGGUGCCCAGCUCACCCAAUUCUUGCAACAGGCGUCACUGGUCAGUGUGUCUUCUUUGCUAAAACAAGUUUGGAAUUCUUGGUCGUCACACGCGGCGUCAUAAUGGCUACAAGUUCUUUGCAGGGCAGAUGCCUGCGCGCACACGUUGCUUUUAGGGCACCAAGGAGCUCGGAGGCUCAGAAUUUGAAACAAAAUUGGACGCUUUGCUUGCGAAACCGGGCCUACCCUGGGCACAGGAGUCUGCUUAGCAAGGCGCAGCCGUCGAAGCUGAACCAGGGGCGAUGCAUUCAAUUGCAACGCAAGAUUGUUGCACAAGCUGUUGAAAGCAGCACGGCUGCCCCCCAGUCUGAGACCCCCGCAGCAGAGAAUGGAGCUGAGGAGAAGAAAGGCAGGAGAAGGCCUGGGGAGGCCAAGGGCUUUGUAGAGGAGAUGCGGAUCAAGGCGAUGAAGCUCCAUACUAGGGGUCAGGCAAAAGACGGGGAGGCGCAGGAGAAAGAGACGCAGCAGAAACCACUCCCUCAAUGGAAGCCCACAGUGGAGGGGUAUAUACAAUUCUUGGUAGACAGUAAGGCGGUGUAUGAUACCAUGGAGGCGAUUGUUGACAAGGCGCCACACCAGAGCUACGCUGAAUUCAGGAACACAGGGUUGGAACGGACUGGUCCCCUCUCCAAAGACCUCGAGCACUUCCGCUCCGAAGGCUAUUCCAUUCCAGAGCCCACUGAAGCUGGCCUCACGUACUCGAAGCUCCUGGAAGAGUUGUCCGAGUCCAAUCCGCAGGCUUUCAUCUGCCACUUCUACAACGUCUAUUUUGCCCACUCUGCUGGUGGACGUAUGAUUGGCCGCAAAGUUUCAGAAAUGAUUCUCGAAGGCCGAGAACUGGAGUUCUACAAAUGGGAUGGCGAACUGAGCGAGCUCCUAGACAAGGUAAAGCUGAAAAUUAACGAAGUCUCGAACGACUGGACGAGAGAAGAGAAGGAUAAGUGCUUGCAAGAAACGGAGCUCUCCUUCAAGUACUCAGGAAGUUUGCUAAAGCUGUUGGCCAACACAUAGACUACCCAAAUUCGAUGUUGAUAGGGCAACUUCGACGUAAGUAAGAUUGCCUUUUUAGGCAGCGUUUUGGUGUCACCCACUUUCGGGACAUUGUUUUGCAUAGCGGAUGGGUUGCCAAAGCUUUUGAGAAAGAUUUGUUGCAUCUUUUGGUCAAGAUUCGUUUUUGGGCCCCGUGCCCGGAGGAUGGUCGGAUGAUUGUUCUUGACCAACAGCACCAGUGGACGAUGUACCGCUUUCAAGUGCGUCUGAUUGAUUCUUCGAUUUUCCAAGG